AUGCCUUCCUCCGCGCCGAGAAGUACAUCCGCCUCGAGCAGGAAACCCCGCAACGACGCUUUGACAGAUCACCCUCCUCUUCUUCCGAACCAGAAGACCCCAAGGCCUGGCAUGAAAUCAAAAGAAGAUCGCUCUUUCCUCCUCAAGAAGUGUCCACCCCCAAAGCACCAAGGCAUCAUCACAAUUCCUCAUCCCGUCAUGAAAUCGUCUUUGUCGAGGACAACGACACCAAAGAGAACAAUGCUAAAACAGUAUAAAAAGUGAAAUUUUGCUGAGCUAGCAUGUCGAUCCACUGUAAGAGCUUCUGUUAGGCUUGUGCCUUUAGCUGGUUUCUGCUCUAGGGUCAUGGAUUGUUAG